AUGAACCACUCCAUCAUGGGUGCCGCCACCAUGGACCAGGACAAUCACCUAGUCCAGGACGAAGACAGCCACAUGGCUCACAACCACACCUUCGGCAACGAUGGUUGGAGCGAUAUGAGUCCAUACGGACAUCAAAAUAGUCUCUCAGAUUACGGAGGCUUUGCUUUCAUGCCAACAGUCAGCCAUGGACUGCCGUCCGAAUCCAUCGGCAGGAUGGCUCCUCCGCCAGCUCCUGUCCAGCCAAUGCAGUCUCACCAACAAUCCCAUGCGCAGCUUCCAAUGCUCAUGAUACCCUCUCAACCAACGUGGCCCAGCAUGUUGACGAAUCCCAACAGCUAUUCGGCACCACCCUUAGGAAUGGCACCUAUAGUUGCUCCGGCGCCUUCGAGACCUACAACACGAUUGCCCAACGGCCCACAACCCCAACAGCGCAGGGUGUUGAGCGAUGACGACCGGAAAAAGAUGUGCCAGUAUGCUGCUGAGCAUCCCAACGUAAAGCAGACGGAUAUCGGUGCCAUGUUCGGCGUUGAAAGAAGCACCGUAUCUAAGGUUCUACGGAAUAAGGAGAAGUAUCUCAAUCCAGAGGCAGACAGAAGUCAGUCUCCCGCUGGCAGGCGGCACAACAAGGGAAAGUUUCCGGAUAUCGACCGAGCUGUUGCCGCGUGGGUCAGAAAACAGCAACAAGCCGGCUUGACCCCGAGUGACGACGAGAUUCUUGAUCAAGCAAAGCACUUCUCCCGGACUACCAACGGCGCUGAAGCCAGUCUGCUAAAGUCCAUCAACACCACGUGGCUGGAAAGAUUCAAGCAGAGAAACAUCUUGGUUUCCGGAAAGCUCUUGCGCCGAGCAUCUGAAACGAACAUUACGGACCACGCAAAGCUCUCUGGCUCUCCGUCCCUUGGAGCAUCUGCCGUCUCACCGGCAUCCCCAACAGGGCAUCCGUCUCCGCUCUCGGCCGAUAGAAGCGACGAAGAUGCCGUGCAUGGUCUUGGGUUCGUCGGUUAUGGGGAAGGCGGCGCAUACAAGCACACCAACUCGCAAAGCACGACGUCUCUCAACAGCGCCUUGACAGACACAGGCAACUCAUCCUUCUCCGGGAGUGCCCUAAGCCCAACAGCAACCUUCACAUUCUCUCCCGACCCCAACACUGGGCAGUUUCUUGCCAACGACCCAUCCCGCCAGCUGCACGGGGGAGCUGGGUCGAACUUCCAAAGACCGAGGAGCCAGACAUUCCCGACUCUCGACAUUGAGUACAUGAACCAAGUCGGGGCAACAGAGUCAAUGACUCCAACGUACCAUCCUGCUUCCACAGCACCGUCUUCCGCACUGGAAUCGCCUGUCCACGAGAUGGCAGCACCGCAUUUCUGUCUGGAUACUGCCAUCUCCUCCUCACCUCAUUUGCAUCACAGCAGUAGCAACAGCAGCAUGGCCGGCCGAUCUACCACGACACCUGCAGGUUCUUCCCCAACGUCGCCAACUCAGGAGGAUGCCCGAAAGGCCGCAGAUACUCUGCUGAGCUACAUCCAAAGCAGCAGUGGAGGGGCGCUACUGGAUCAAACCGAGUACAUGAUGAUGAUAAGAUUGACGGAGAAGCUACGAUUACAACAGCAUCAGCUUGUCAAGACCGGGGCGCCUCAAUCGUUGGGUAUCUUGGAUCGGAUUCCUGAGGGAGACACUGAGAUGUUGCCACAACACCCGCCCCCAAUGCAUCUCGAGACCAAACCCGAGCCGGUUGUGACUUAG